CCGUCGGGUCCCGGCCGGAGAAAAACAAAACAAAGCGUCGGGUAAAUAACAAAACUAACGCCGAGGAGCCCGGAGGCACCCGAUAUCCGUUUUGCGUUUAGAUAAAUCGGUCCGUCCGUCUCUCCAUUCGGGGGCCCUUUUUUGCACGCCGCUCUCCAUUUGGCCCGUCCGGCGAGGUUGUUUAUCCGUAGUAAGGGGAGCUUGAAACCGGCCCCGUUGCCCCAUUUCCUCGGUUGUUUUCCUCCUCUCGCCCGGAUUCUCCAUGUUGUCGGGGCUAAAGUGGGGACCUCGCCGAGGCAGGAGCGGGGCAGCGCAGUUAUAACACUAGCGGUAAAAGUAAAAGCCUAGGAGCGUCGUCGGGUGAAUAGCAGGAAAAAAAGCUUUAAAAAAGAAAAAAACCCACAAAAAACCCCACGUACGAGUGCCUUGCCCCUCCCCGAGUGGACGAGAGAAGACGCGGGGAAUAAAGGAACAUUUCAACAGAUCCAGAGUCUAUUCUCAUCCGGAUUGUAACGCGGCGACCACGGAUGACAGUUACCUUGGCGUUAAUUUAGUCGCUCGCCAAUUAAACCUAAUGAAGACUGCCCAUCGGUGUUCGGGGAAAGGAUUUGAUUUCGAGGGCUCUGUGAUUGUCAGAUGGAAAGUUCUAUUAUCACCCAAGUGCAGAAAGAAGACGUUCAAGUGCUACCUAAAACAGGCCAGGUGAGCCGAUCCUCCCUGAAACAGCCUAGGAGCUGUAAUAUCUUCAAAGCGCUCUUCUGUUGCCUCCAAGCUCAGGAUGGCCCCAAACCACCGCCGCCACCACCUUCCCAACAUGCCUUGCUGGAGUCACAGGAAAAUGGGGCAGUUGUCAAGCAGUCACAACCCAGCCUGCUCCCUGAGGUGAAUGCCCAGGACCAAGGGAAGAUAUGUGUGGUCAUAGACCUGGAUGAGACCCUGGUUCACAGCUCAUUCAAGCCUAUUAGUAAUGCAGACUUCAUCGUGCCUGUGGAGAUAGAGGGGACCACACACCAGGUGUAUGUACUCAAGAGGCCCUAUGUGGACGAGUUCCUACAGAGAAUGGGAGAAUUGUUUGAAUGUGUUCUGUUCACGGCGAGUCUUGCUAAGUAUGCAGACCCAGUGACUGACCUGCUAGACCAGUGUGGUGUUUUCCGGGCCCGGUUGUUCAGAGAAUCAUGUGUCUUCCACCAGGGCUGUUAUGUGAAAGACUUAAGUAGGCUGGGUAGAGACCUUCACAAAACCCUCAUCCUGGACAACUCUCCUGCCUCCUACAUCUUUCACCCUGAGAAUGCUCACUUGUCUUAUAAGAGAAUUUCUGCCCCCCGAAGGUUCCUGUGGUGUCGUGGUUUGAUGAUGUGGAUGAUGCUGAGCUGCUAAAUCUUCUGCCCGUUUUUGAGGACCUAAGUCAAGCCGACAAUGUUUACGCCCGACUCGACCAGCUACGAGGAUCUUAGGCCUAUAAAAAGAGAGGGGGGGGGUCUACAAGUUCAAUCCUCCUAAACUAUACUCGUCAUAUAUGUAGAAAAUAGAUGUCCUGGUCUCUUUUCCAAACUUAAGAGUUGUAUACCUACCCUUUACACUAAAUUUCCUAUUACAUUGCUUCAUCAGUCUAGGUUAUGGAUCUCCCCAUGUCUGGAAGCAACUGCUCUACGGUCUCUUUUAUGUACCCAAAAGCUUAUAGACCGCAAUCUGAGGCCUUCUCUCUGUACCUCAGUGCUGAGAAAAUUUGACGGCUGCCUUUUUAGAGAGCUAUCAGCAAGAGUGGGGAAACAACAACCAAAGUAGUAUGGUUAACAGUCACUCCAGUGAAUAUCAAUAUUGAAGUGGUUCUUUUGCCAAAGCAGAACCCUGCCUGCCAUGACUUGACUUUAGGAUCUUGUUAUAUUGUUGUGCCUUUGCGGAACAAAAUAAAACAUAACAUCAGCUCAGUUUAUAUGUUCAACCAGUUUUUUUUAUAAAAAAUGUAUUUCUUUUUAUAGUUUGUUUUCUAAAGAAAUCUAUUUUUUACAGUAAACAUGGUUCAUCUAUGCAACCCACUUCUGUACCUACAUUGGCAGUACUUAUGUCGCCAGUCAGUAAUCACAUACAACAGAUGAAACGUUGGCCUUAAGUGUGAAUGAGCAACAAAACAGAGUGUGUUUAUUUCCUUGUACUGUACCGUAAAGAUAAUCAUUUCUAUGAAACAUGCAUAAUACAGUACCAUUGGACUGACCAGUCUCAUGUUUGAUUAUUUUGGCAAGGAGUUGAGUAAACGGAGCUAAAUUCUUCCUUGUAUACUUUCAUUAUGGUCCUUUGAAAGCAGACACACUGGAAUACAUAGGUGGCACAUAAGAUGGCCGUAAAUGCCAUACUUUGUAGUCAAGGGUUUGUCAAAUAAAUAAUUUCUUGUCAUUUUUUUUAUUACUUAAUGACAACACUUGCACUUGCUGUUUUGUAUUGACAGUGCUGAAAGUGACAACAGUGCCUUUGCAACUCAAGAGAACAGUGCUCUGUGUGACCAGAGAUGUGUAGGCCUGAGACACUCUGGUAUUUCAUGCUGAGUGUGAGAAAACACUGUCAAGAUCAAGUGUAAUGCCAUGUGGCUGUGGUACUUGCAGUGCAACACUUGAAAACUUCAUCAGGUUUGAUGAAUAUUUUUUACUGUUUGAGUGUUUUUCUGUAUUUAUUGGUCAAUAAUUUUACUGUCCAGUACCUUCUACCGCUUAAACGCUUUGGGUUGAAAUCUACGUGCCUACUUUGUGGAUGGUCCAGUGUUUAACUAUCAAUUUUGUCUGGUUUGUGCCUACCAGUAAUUUAUGUCAAAGGAAUAUACCAGCCAGCCACUGAGAAACUGUUGAAAUUUGCUGUCAUAAGUUCUUAGACAAUUUUUAAGACCUUUGGAGUCACAUCAAAUCAUUACACAAAUAGAGUCAAUCCAACAUGCAUUCAGUCAUGCAAAAAACUUUGUUGUACAGAUGAACUGUCAUUGGAAUUUUGAGAAUGUGUGAUGUUUAUUGCCUGCAUGUUGACCACAGAUAAAAUGGAAGUUUGCCAUUGAUGAUGAAUGACCAAAAGUGUUUGCUUAGAAGGUGACAAUGUAGAUGUCUACACAAUGUUUAGCAAAAUACAUAAUCAAUUGCCCAUUGGAUCUGACCAAAAUUAAACUAAUUUCUAAGAGAGAAGGUGCUAAAAUAAAAGCUGAUUAUAUUUUACUUAAA